AUGAAUGAAACGUGCUUGUUGAUGCAGCAGAGUCAAGCGAUUGAGCAGACUAUGAUACGUGCAAUGAAUGCUGCUAUAAAUCAAUCUAUGUUUGGCACCUGCAUGAAAUUAACAGAACAGUUAUAUUUUAUAGUUGUCAAACUGAAAGCUUAUGAAUUUGAUGAGUUAUUACAACAGAUUAAUUUACAAGUGCAAUUUCUUACGGAAUCUCACACCGAAUAUUUAAAACAUCAAGAUGAAUUAGAAUCUAUCUCCAUUAAACAAACACAAGCACUGAACCAGAUUAUGGAUAUUUUCUAA